AAGUUUCACACGAGCCGUUCGCGUGCAGUCGGAGAUAUAAAUAAGACCAACACGACGCUGAGACAGACAGUUGCUACGACCGCUGGCAAACGGUGAAAUCAGAGACUGUGACAUCAUUGCCGCACCAGUUGAACUCGGGACACUUCGUGCGGAUAUCCAUUCAUAUCUGGAACUGUAUCUGCCUACAGCGUUCAGUCUAGUACAAGACACAGGAAGAUUUCUUUUUAAACAGAUCUCAAAGGAUACUUCCCAGAGAAGAUGCCUGCCGAUAUCAUGGAAAAAAACUCAUCUUCUCCGGUUGCCGCGACUCCGGCGAGCAUGAACACUACACCUGACAAACCCAAAACUGCUUCUGAGCACAGAAAGUCUUCUAAACCUAUUAUGGAGAAAAGAAGAAGAGCGCGAAUCAACGAAAGCUUGGGUCAGCUGAAAACGCUAAUCUUGGAUGCUCUGAAAAAAGAUAGCUCCAGACAUUCUAAACUUGAGAAAGCGGACAUCCUGGAGAUGACCGUGAAACAUCUUAGAAAUAUGCAGCGGGUGCAAAUGACCGCUGCCCUGAACACGGAUCCCACCGUUCUUGGGAAAUACAGAGCUGGAUUCAGUGAAUGCAUGAACGAGGUGACCCGGUUCCUGUCCACCUGUGAAGGGGUUAACACCGAGGUCAGGACCCGGCUGCUGGGUCACUUAGCCAGCUGCAUGACACAGAUCAACGCCAUGAAUUAUCCAACACAGCACCAGAUACCUGCCGGGCCUCCUCACCCAUCCUUCAGUCAGCCAAUGGUUCAGAUCCCCAGCGCGAAUCAGCAAGCCAACGUUGUGCCUCUUAGCGGAGUCCCCUGCAAAAGCGGAUCUUCCUCCAACUUGACUUCUGACGCAACAAAAGUAUACGGAGGCUUCCAGCUUGUGCCGGCAACAGACGGACAGUUCGCCUUUUUGAUUCCUAACGCUGCCUUUGCUCCAAACGGUCCCGUUAUUCCAGUGUAUGCCAACAAUUCCAGCACACCUGUUCCGGUGGCCGUGUCUCCGGGAGCACCGUCCGUCACGUCAGAUUCCGUUUGGCGGCCUUGGUAGACUAUAAAGAAAGAAAGAAAAAAAGAAAAA